GCUCAGCCGAUGGGGGCGGCAUACGGCUGCGUUCGUCCCGCUGAGAACGCCGCGCGCGCCGGCGGUCUUGCCGAGCUCGACGCCGCCGCAGCACCACCACCACCACUAGCAGCCGCUGCGACCACAGGUGUUCCGCUACUGCGGGCAGGCUUCACUGCAAGACAUCACGCUGUCGUCGAGGGCAACAUCGACGCGUAGGCGAGAAGAGGCGGCGAGGGGAGCUUCCUGCGGAAACAGGAAGAGUUGUGAACGCGCGUUAAUCUUUGUUUUUCUCGAUAUUUCUUCCCCUCUCUCUGUGUGUGGACGUGCGUGUGAUCGAGACAUGCUUCGGACUUUGCACAGCGCGAUCGGCCCGAACCGCUGUGGUGAUGGUGUCUGAGCCACCUCCUCCUUCGAGGGACGUCGUUGUCAACAUGCGACCAAGACCCGGAGUCGGAUAUUGGGCGGCACUCCUUGUGUGCGCCACGCUGCUGCUCGUCAGUCCCGUGGCGUCUAGCCUCCACAUCCUGCACCUGUCGGUGCCCAAAUGGGUGCAGAACGGCACCGAGGACUCGGUGGUUCUGGACUGCGUGUACAACGCGAACCGCGAGGACGAGCACCUGGUGAUCAAGUGGUUCCUCAACGACGACCCGCAGCCCAUCUACCAGUGGAUCCCCGAGCUGAACAAGCGAUUCGUGUCGAGUCGCCUCAAGGACCGCAUCAACCUGGACUACUCGCUCACCAACGGUAACAGCUUCACCAAGUUCCGCGCGCUCAACCUGGUGCGGCCCACCACCGAGCUGAGCGGCCGGUACUCCUGCCACGUCAUGUCACUCGCGGGACAAGACUCCGAGUCCAAGCUCAUGACCGUCUACGCUCCUCCCAAGAGGUUCGACUUCACUUUCGAGCGGGUGUCGGCGCAUGUGACGAACCUGUCGUGCGAAGUGGAUGGCGUGUUCCCACAACCGACGUUGUUCCUGUACCAGAGCAGCGGCCGGGACCCCGUGUCGCGACCCGUGGCCUCGGCACCAGCGAGACUGGCUCCUCCAACCCCCGCCGAAGGCGCUGCGGGCUACCACGUGCGCCUGACGUAUGCGCUGGACAGCCGCACGCUGGACGCGUCCGGUCACGUGGAGUACGUGUUCGAGUGUGUGCUUGCCAUUCCGGAGACCAACUUUAGGCAGCAGCGGCGGCUAGAGUUUGAACCCGGACGAUUGGUUAGCGCGGCGAGCCGACUCCACACCGUGGACAUUUUGCUGAGGGUGCUGACAGGCGUACUCGCCCUGAUGGAUCUCGCAUAGCAGCCGGCACACAAGCAGGAGAUACGCCGUCUGAAUCAAAACCAAAGAACCAAGUAGGGAGAACCGCGUGCAUUUCACGGAGUCGGCUGUAGAAAGACGUCCUCGCCAGCGACGCCGUCGUUAGAAAGAGAGCUGUGCCCGAAACGUCGGCCACCGCGCCCACUAUGUCACCCGUCACGGACAUCCAGGUCCACAAGCAUCAGUGCCUCCUGUUCUUCAGCGUGCAGAGCGCGAGCGUGUGUGUCGAAGAUGCGUGAACUUCUAUAAGCGCGCGCGCGCGCGCGCGCGUGUGUGUGUGUGUGUGUGCUUGUGCGUGCACUUGUGACUCGCUUGCUCCCCGUGACUAUGGACAGCAGCGCACAUUCGAAACCUCACAGCCCGCUUCACCGUUCGCUGUCCCGAUUCCUCUUCCCGGUACAGCCCCGUUAUUCUUUCCUGAAAGGUGUCGCACUUUCUCGAGACUCCGCAUGGCACUUCCUCGCGUUCCAGCACGUUGGCUGUGUCCCCGCUAACGGACCAUAAUUGCACAAUGUUUGUUCGAAAGCAAUGCGUUCGAUUGAGUGAAUACAAUGCGUUGUCUUUCAUCGCCUCAACUUUUGUGUUGCGUCAUAAACAUAGCGCUCUAGGACGUAAUAAUUUUCCAGAGUGUACAUUAUGGCAGCGCGAAAGAAAAGUUCCACCUAGUCCUUGAGCAUAUAUGCUGAGGGGAAAAAAAUAAAGAAGAAAGCCACAGGGUAGGUGCCGCUUAAGAGGACGGUAACUGGCUGGUAACCGUAGUAAACCAAAAUUUCCACAGAAUUAUUAUAUCACAAUGUUCAAAUAAACGCUUUUGCGCCCCAAAGAGCGCCUGUCGCAGAGUACGAAAAUGUGUUGGCCAUGUUUUUACUUGGAAGACUUGACUCUUUUCUGCGCUUAAUGCUGUUAACCUUUUGUUUUGCACCAACUUACGGUCUGCAUUUCUGUGAAGUACGACUUUUUUGAAGUACGAGGAAUAGACGAACUAACCGCUUGAUUCACUUAGUUGACGUUUCAGUAUUCUUUAACCUGUGCAUUAGCUUCAACUAUAAUUCGCGCCUCUGUAUUCCGAAGGUUUCCUAUAGCGCAUUGUAUGGUCAUCAUGCGGGCGCCAUUGCCAAACGAAGCUCCUCAGAACAAAAAAAGAGAAUGGAAAAGGAACAUAGUCCAGAAAAAUACAAAAGCGUUCUUACUACGGUAUCGUCCAUUGUAGCGCGACAACAGAAUUCUCGCUUUAAAACUAAUGAAUUUUUUUGUUUUUAGGAACGCAAUAUUGACGGAUGUUCGACUUGCGCUUGCCACAGGGCAAACGUUUGUCAUCAGCCCUUGUCCUAAGAAUGCUGUAUUUUGUAUGUUUCUGCAACUUUAUAUGUAAAAGGUUCCUCCUAUAACAUGUUAUAAAAGUUUGUUCCCACCGA